GUUGCGUUAUGCAAUCCUACGGUAGGCUGCUAUUUACCGUUGACUCGUGGCUUUCAGUUAGUGGGUGCAGUGAAAUGUCGGUGUUUAACUCUGGUUUGACCUUGAACAUUUUUCAACUAGGAGGAUGAUAAAUGUCAGAAUAUCCUUCAUUAACUUGCUUUGGUUGCAUCGAAUAUUUUCUGUGAAUUACAGUGAAUGCAGUGAUGACACUGUCUGGCAAUCAUCAAACCUAAGCAUCAGGCUUGGUGACAGGCAAAGUCUUGUGGUGAGCUGGGUGGUAAACCACAGCGUCUCAGCGGGUGAAGUUUAUGAGAUCCAGAUUGGUCGCACUGAAAAGCGCACCAUUGUUUAUAAUACGAUCGUGAAUGUAUCCUCUGGAGGUUCACAGAAUCACACAUGGAUCUCUGAUCUGCCUCUGGAGUGUGUUGAUCACUCAGUCAGGAUACGACAUUUCUAUAAUCAGUCCGUCCCGAGUCCUUGGAGCAACUGGACAACCAAUGAUGGGGUCAAGGCAAAGAACAAGAGCAAGAUAUAUCCCGUCGACCAAGUGCUGAGGGAGGGCAGCAACCCUAAGUUCUGCUGUGUUCCCCCAGUAGGAGUCAAUAUCACGGGCAUGGCCUUCGGGAACAAGCCAUACCCUCUUGAGAGUGUUGGAGAUGGAGUCAAGGCCAUUACUGUAAAAAACCUGGCUUUUCCAGCGGGUCCUUUUACAUUUGUUUUAAUCAGUUGCAAUGACACAACAGGCAGACAAGACAGCCUGAACUAUGUCAGCUUUCCUCCCCAGAAGCCUGUAAACUUCAACUGUGCGACUUCAGACAUGACAACUGUCACCUGCGCCUGGGAUGUAGUCAGACGACAAGACUAUCGCAACCCUCAAACACACACUCUGCGCAUAGGAAACUCAGGUCAGGCUCCCAUCAGCUGCAAGCAAUCACCUUGUACUUUCCCAGCUGUGCCACAGCUGCAGGAAUACAACAUCAGUGUGUCGGUGAAGGACAAACUGGGAGAGGAGGAGGAGAGCUACAGCUUCAACAUCUUAGACAGAGUGUUUCCUAUAGUGGAGUGGGACAGAGUGAUCCCUGGGGUGACAAACGUUACCUUGUCCUGGGUCAUACAAGGUAACUUGACUCAAAUGAACCCCCUUUGUCAGGUCUCUGCAGUCCCAGAUGACACCACCAAGCUGCACUGCAAUGAUGUGAGUGGUCUCUGUGAAGUCAAACUGGAACAUCUGCUUCCCAACACUGACUACUCCACCAGGGUACGCUGCUCUGUCAAUGGGAGACUGUGGGGAGAAUGGACACCACUCAUAAACUUCACGACCGAUCCACUGGUGACUUUGGAUUUAUGGAGGAGAAUACAGCCGCUGAAUCGCUCAGUUACUCUGUUGUGGAAUCCACACAUUGUUGGAACAGCAACAGCAGUAAAUGUCCAAAGAUACAAAGUUCAGUGGUCACAAGAGGGGAACAUCCGGACAGAUAUUAAGGACAGCAGACAGAGCCAGGCUGAGAUCUUCAUCGGACCAGGAAAGUGUGACUUCACUGUCCAGGCUGUUCUUCACACCGGCUCCUCCAUCCCCGCCCACAUCACCAUCCCACCAAUGGACUAUACAGAAAAACUUCCCGUACAGAAGCGGCUGAGCAGCACCACAGAUGGCGGCUUCAAUCUGACAUGGGAUCGGCAGAGCACUGUCACCUGUAGCUACACUGUGGAGUGGUGUAGCUACAGCUGCAUUCUGGGAAAUGCAGUGCCUUGUACUCUGCAGUGGAUGAAGGUGCCAGAAGGAGACAACACCGUGUUCCUACCCGCUGAAAAUUUCACAGCAGGUUGCAGGUAUACAUUCAAUAUUUAUGGAUGCACAGAAAAUGGAGACAAGCUGCUGGAGAUACAGACGGGAUACUCAAAGGAGCUCAAACCUGUACAGGCCCCACGUCUGGUUGAACCUGUUCAGAGCACUUCCUCAUCCGUGACGCUGGAGUGGCGUUACAAUGAAAAUGAUCCAACUCAUCCUGCGUUCAUCACUGGUUAUCUGGUUACAGUCCAGGAAGCAGUAUCUGAUAUGAAGCCUGGUCAGGUUGCAAAGCUGUUCAACAUGUCAGUGGCAGAUCCCCUGAAGAAGUCUGUGACCAUAGAUGGUCUGAAGCAGAACCAAGAAUAUGUUUGCUCAGUGAGCGCUCUCACUAAAGAAGGUCCUGGGCUGCCGGCCAACAUCACCAUCAGGACCAGAGUCAACUAUUCUGCUCACUUGGCAAAGAUUCUGACUCCCAUCCUGCUACUGCUGGGCUGCACCUUUAUCCUGUGGCCCCAAAGAAAAGUGCUGAAGAAGAUAUUUGCUUAUCCUACUGGUAUGAACAUUAAAAUCCCUGAGUUUGACAGCUACCUGAAUGAGACUGAUCAGAGGCUACAUUCUCAGAAGGCAGAAGAGUGCAUCAGCUGUGUCAUUGAGAUUGUGAACGCCAGACCUCCUCUGAUGGAAACAACCACACUGAUAGACCCUGAGCCUGCAAACAUACUGUGUUCUCCUGGUUCUGAUUCCUCUCCUUCAUCCAUGCCACCCUCCUGUAAGCUGAUCCAAGCAGAUUACUGUCCACAGUCAGCCACUCUGCACUGGGACAGACCGACCCUUCAACGAAUAACAAGCAUCACAAACAAGAGUUACAUAUACUCCAUGGUGGAGGAUUAUUCAGAGCCACAACAAGUCACAUCCAGUGAAGUCAAAUCCAGUUUCGAACCCUCUGAAUGUCUGCAGGAAUCAUGUACUGUCAUAUAUGGUUAUAUAUCUAAUGUUACUUUAUAAGUAUACUGUAAAAAGCCUGUAAAAAAACAAAACAAAAACAAUAAAGUUUCGGGAGGUGGAGCCCCCUGAAACUACUGUAAAAGUAGGGAAAAUAGUCAUCUCAUAAAAAAUACAGUAAUUUUCCAUAAUUAAAAUACACUUUCUAGCCUUAUUUUUUUUGUAAUUCACCUUUUAUUGCUUUUUAGAACAUAAAAACAAUAGAAGAGUAGAACAAACACAUUAAUUGGACUUCAAAACUACUCCCUUAUAAUAACAAAAUGAAAUUUCACAAUAGCCUUAUUUUUAAAUGACAUCAUAAGUAUUCUUUUAGACUUUUGAGUAUGUGAUGUAAAUUACGUUAAUUUGAUGUUUUUGUUGUAAAACCUUCUGUACAGGAUAUCUGUCGUUUAACAAACAAAUCUAUGUAAAUUACAGAGAAACCGGUAUUUCUUUUUCUGUAAAUAGUCCAUAAUUGUGCCUCAUUUUAUAAAUACUUUAUAUGUACAGUAUUAAAAUUUAACUAACUCAGUGUUAUCUAUUAAAUAAUGUAAUAUAUUUCUGAAAUUACUAUAAAUUAGCAUUUUAUGUAUUUUAAUAACAUUUUAUGUAAAUAAAACAAUUUCAUUGUAGUUAUUCAGAUACCAGCGUUACUGUUAUUUUACAUUUGAUCAAUGUAAAUUUACACUCAAGUUUUAUCAUUUUAGGGAUAUUUCUGUGUAUUUUAAAAAUAAGGAAAAACGUGUAAAAUAUAAAGGAGGAAAUCUGUAAAAUUGCAGAUUUUUUAAAAGUAUACUGUGUACAAAACUAAAACUUCUACAACAUAUGUAUAAUUUGCUCAUUUCAAAAGUAUAAAUACGAUAAAUACUUUUUUUUUAUUAGUCGUAAAGAGAGCCUUCUUUCCAACAUGUUUUGGAAGUUGUAGUAGUAGUAGUAAUUUAAAUGUGCUAUUUGCAUAUGGGAGUCUUUUUGAAAUAGUAGCUUUCAGAUUGCAUCAGCAGUUUCUAUGGAACACACACAGCAAGUCCCCUGAGGAACAUUCGAAACACCUCUGUGUUUGAAGUCAAAAUAAAUCUCUCGGUGCUUUUAUAUGUGAACAUGUUUACCAAAGAAGAAGAUGAACUCAGUGUAAAGAUUUUUUCUAAAGUGUGAAGAAACUGAGAUGCUAUCUACAGGAUGUCACUGCUCACACUGAUAAGACAACUGAACUUUUGAAGCAGAGAGAGAAGACAGGCGCAUGGUAGAAAGAUGCACAUCUCCUUUAACCUUUCCAACAUGUAACUCAGGCAGUAGCAGCAAGUUACUGAAAUGACUCUGAAGGUUUGAAUGACUAUCAAAUCAUCGGGUGUAUAAACUUGACUUGUAGAGCUUCAAAUUCCUGUUGGUUCUUACUUGCAUUUGCUAUUUAGUAAGGAACACAAUUAUAGUAAAACGGCUUUGGUAUAAAAGCAAUAAAAGGAAAUGUAUUUCUCUGUAGACUGACUUCAUUUCUCUGGAUUUCCUCCAUCAGUGACUAAUGGUAAAAGAAGAGUGUUUUUACUGUGAUAAAGGUCUGACUGAAAUAUCAAAAUAAAAAGGAAUCUUACACUUGAA